AUGUCUGACAAUUGUGACAUGUUUAGAAGCACUUCAGAGGAAGACGACGAGACUGGGGGAGUGCACUUUAUCAAUAAAAUGGACCUAUCUGAGGAGCAACGACAAGAGGAGCAAGAUAUCAAUGAAGAAGAAGAAGCGCUCAGGAGAAGACUUUAUCAGGCUGAAACCACAUACAGACAGAAGAAGGAGCUCCAUGAGCAGUUGUUUCAGCAUGGACUGGACCUAGAGGCAGAGAUAAACAAGACAGCAGCUGAGAAUGACUACUUCACCAGCAAAGUGAAAGAGUUGCAACAGCAGGUGGAAAAUAGAAGAAAACUGAAGGAGGGUGAGGAUGCUGAAGCCCUGCACAGGGAGCUCCUGUCCGAGAAAGAAAGCAGGAAGCAGAGCAGCUACAUAAGGGAGAUGGAGAAGGAGAAUCAGAAGCUGAAGGAGACAACAGAAUAUUUGAAUGCUGAGCUGGAACAACUCUCACUGGGAAAGAAUAAUCAGGAUCUGGAGCUGAGGACAGCAGAGCAGGAAUUAAAGCACAAACUGGAGGAGGUUCAGGAAGAACUACGUAGAAAAGAUGAGGAAAUAGAGACGAAGUCAGAGACCUUGACUCAAAGAAAUGAGAAGAUAGAGAACUAUUUCAGCAUCAUCGAGGAACUCAAGCAGAAUCAUCGAGUUCUUCAAGAGCAGCUGAGCAGUAGACCGGAGAAGCAGAUAUUAACUGGACAGAAGGAAACAUCAACAACAGAAAGACAGCAACAUAGUUCUAAGGCUGCGGAUGAGGAGGAUCAAGAGCACAAAGUUGAGAGGCACCAGAAGAAAGAAAAUGGAUGGUGUUGUUUGAGUGGCCUGUGGAAAGGAGUCAAGGCAGUAGGACACAUUGCUGUUUGUGUCCUCCUUACCGUUGGUAUCAUAGAGUCCAUGGCGCCUGUCUGCAACAGUCCAGAUCCUGACUGCAACCUUUGGAACAUGGCUUUGGACUGGCUGGAUCCCUACGAUGCACUACAUCACACACUAUCCUGUUUAUUAACACGUAGAAUCAAUCAAUCAGAAUCCAACCUCUCCACCAUGGGCAAGACCAAAGAGCUGUCUAAGGACAUCAGAGACAAGACUGUAGACCUGCACAAGGCUGGAAAGGGCUACAAGACCUUCAGCAAGCAGCUGCGCCCGCAAGGUCCCCCUGCUCCAGAAGGCACAUGUACAGGCCCGUUUGAAGCUUCCAAUGAACAUCUGAAUGAUGCAGAGAAGGUUUGGGAGAAGGUGAUGUGGUCAGAUGAGACCAACAUUGAGAUCUUUGGCAUCAAUUUGACACGCCAUGUUUGGAGGAAGAGAAAUGCUGACUAUAACCCCAAGAACACCAUCCUCACCAUCAAGCAUGGAGGUGGAAACAUUAUACUUUGGGGAUGUUUCUGUGCUAAGGGGCUGUGCUGA